AUGUCAGCAAUGAACAAAAAGAACAUAAUUAAUAUUGUUAAUUUUUAUACAUCAUCCACACAUGGAGGUAAAUCUAUGGACUGUGUUCCAUCGACUUGGAUAUCUUUUGAUCCAGAAACUCAAGGCUUGGUUGCCAAAUUCAUGCCUCCUCCAUACACUAAGAAAAAUUGUUACGCAUUACACGAACAAAUUAAAAAUAACGAAAUUCCAUUAGAAAAGUGGCCACAGUAUCCUAUAAAAAUACUUGGAAGUGCUGAAACUUAUAAAGAGGCUUUAUUGAAAAUGGAGAAACUAUUGGAAGAAGAUUUUAAUUACACUACAGAUUAUUGCAUAACAGAUGUAGAAGAUAAUGAAAGUAAUGAUCAUAAUUUAAAGAAAAAAGGAUCAAAAGAAGAUGAAAGUCUUAUAUUACCAUUAUAUGGACUGAACGACUCAAAUACUGAAAAUGAUAUGUAUGAGCCAUUUAAUAAAAAAUCAAUGAUCCCAAAAAAAAAGUCACAAAAAAGUAGUAGUACUAGUAGUAGUACUAGUAGUAGUACUAGUACAAAAAACAGUAGUAACAUUUCUACAACAACAAACAUGCCAAGUUCUUCAAUUUCCAAAAAACCUAUAAUUGUUGAAGAAAUACUACUGGAAGAUACAAUACCAAUUAAUUCGAUCUCUUUUAAUGUCGUCACGAAUUAUUUAAAACGUAUUUUAACUGACUUGCAAGACGUUAAGCAUAACCAACAACUUAUGAGAAACGAUUUACAGACAUUAAAAAGAGAUUUUGAGCAAAAUAUAAUUGUAAGAAGUGGUGAAAAUGUUCCAGUUCAUUGGACGCAGGAAAAUCAAAUUAAAUGGCCUCUUCAAACGAAAGAUGAAUAUGAUAAACUUAAUUUAUUAUUAGCAGAUGAGAAAAUUCGCAAAGACUUUAUGGCCACAAUUGGAUUUGUAAUUGAUGGAGGAACUGUAGUAUCAAAAAAUUUACUUGCGGUUUUCAGAAAAUUCUUUCAUAAAGACCUGGCGACCAAAUUUACUUGCGUUAAACCAAUCAAAGAUAAAUUUACUCUUAAACCUUCAGCACUUUACGAUUGCAUCAUUGAAACAUUUAUGAUAAAACGUAGGAAAGGUGCAAUCCCAGAAACAAUUACAGAGAAAUUGUUAGAAAAAUUGAUUGGUGUAAUAUUAACUAACUCUAAAGAUUGGGAGAAGGGAAGAUUGCAUAAAAAACAAACAGAGAAUAAGGAAAAUAUGAAUGAUAAUAACGAUUCAUCAUAG